AUGGAAGCGACCCCCUCCGUAAUCACAGUACAAGCUCAGUAUUCCUUCAAGGGUUCCAACAACGAUGAACUAUGUUUCAAAAAAGGUGAUGUAAUAACAUUGACACAGCGUGAGGAAGGAGGAUGGUGGGAAGGAACAUUGGGCGAUAAAACGGGUUGGUUUCCUAGUAAUUACGUGAAGGAAUAUGCUGGGCCGCUGCCUCUAUCCGAGACGAUACGUCCACCAGAAGAAAUACAAGCAUUUAGAAUGGUCGUGCUUCGUGAUCUUUUAGAAAGUGAAAAAGCUCAUGUAGCAGAGCUACGGGGGCUAGUAGAAAAUUUCUUGGAACCGCUAGAUGAAAGUCAAAUACUUUCAAUCAACGAAUACGUACAAUUAAUGUGCAAUUUUCUCGAAGUUGUUGAAUCACACGAAGAACUAUUACAGUCGUUGCAAGAUUGUAAGGAUCGAGUUGGCAAAAUUUUUCUAUCAAAGGCAACAGCCAUGAAAAAAAUUCAUCAAUCGUAUUGUGCUGCACAUCCUCGCGCAAUCGUUAUAGUUGAUAAAUUUUGCGAAGAGCUAAAUGCUUUUAUGGAAAACCGGGGUGCAGCCAAACCCGGACUCUUGGUUCUUACGACUGGUCUAUCGAAGCCAUUUCGUCGACUAGAUAAAUAUGCCGCCAUAUUACAAGAGCUAGAACGCCACAUGGAAAGUGGACAUCCUGAUAGAGGUGAUACGCAGCGUAGUAUCGCUGUGUAUAAGGACAUGGCGUCCUCUUGUUCUGCUACACGACGUCAGAAAGAGCUUGAGUUGCAAAUUCUCACCGGACCGGUGCGUGGAUGGCAAGGCGCGGAACUUAGUACACUCGGCGAAAUCUUACACAUGGGUAGUGUGGCUGUGGGGCCAGAACAUAAAGAUCGUUAUCUGGUGUUGUUUACCGACACUUUGCUUAUAUUAAGCGUAAGCCAGCGCAUGAGCGCAUUUAAAUACGAAGGAAAAUUGCCACUGACGGGGAUAACCGUGAAUCGUUUAGAGGAUACGGAUCAGCUCAAAAACGCAUUUGAAAUCAAUGGAUCUCUGAUAGAUCGUAUCGUUGCUGUAUGUCAAGGACCAAGUGAGGCUAAUCGUUGGGUACAACUUUUGACCCCAAGAUCGUGUAGCAUCACAACCGAACAGCAGGUUGCUACCGUAGACAUGAAACGCAACAUCAGCAGCUCGGCUGUAAAUAUUCCUCAUCCGCCACCUCAUAACAAAAAACAACUAGCACUUGAUUCUCGUGGCUACAGUACUCGUGUAUCGGUAUACAGUGCUUACAGUGGCAGCAACAGUCAGUGGUACAGCAUAAAUAGUCAAAAUUUUGAAACAACCUUUCCCCCAGCAUCUUAUCCACCGACUGCUCCAUACGCACAGUUAACUAGUUAUUUCCGCCGUCUGUUUCGAGUCGGGAAAUUAUCGCGGUUUAUUGUGCAGGCUCUGUUGUAUCCUGAAAUGGUGCAAAAAUUCGAUCGACACUGUGUAGUGAUGAGAAGAAAUCGUCGUGAUAAAGCUACUGUUAGGAUUCAGCGGCACGAGAAGGAAACGGCUUCAGCAAGCGCGCUGUUAGUAAAAAGCAAUUGUGAUAACGAUGUGGAGUUACUAGAAAAAAAUAUUCCCAACAAACAAAUUAAGUUAACAUCGUGCAGAACAACCCAAUCACGCUCAAUGAAUAAUAGUAAUAAUUCCAUCAACUCCACAUCCUCGUCUUGUACAUCAUUCACUUGCACUAAAAAUUGUUUUGCUCUCGAGCGUCAGAACGCAGUGGAAUGCAUCGAACAUGAAGAGGUAGAGGAACAGGAAGAAGAAAAUGAAGAAGAAGAGAUGGAGGCAGAAGAAGAAGAAGAAAAGGACCAAGACGAUGAUGAUGCAUAUGAAAUUAUAACAUUUUUUACCGGCAAAAGCACCGCCAAAAAGCAAAGUGGCAAUGGAGAAGCUAUCACCGUAUAUGAAAGCUACAAUAGUUCCCAGUCAACAGAUGACGGUAGCGCAUUCAUGUAUGCAGCAGCAAGAAGAACUCAUCAAAACACGUGGUCAAUAGAUUCCAACGGAACGAAUUUUAAUGCUGAUGCAAUGCCACUUAGCGAUUCAGAUUUGAUGAAUGGUUCCACUGCGGGAGCUUGUCAACUAUUGAAUGACUGCAAUUCUAUAGACAGUAAAGAUAUAGCAACGACGAUGACAACUUUUGAUGUUAGUGGAAUGACAACAACUGCUGUCGCACAUCAACACUCCUCUUCGGGAAAAAUUCAUACUUCAACGGCAAGAUUGCUUUUAGGUGAUUUGAAGCAACAAUUCUCUGAACAAUCGCAAAUGUCUAGCUUUGAGCAUGUUGGGUUUGUUGCGCAUGGUCUAAUGGCUUGCGAAAAUUUGCUCAAUCUUGACGAAUCGAUGCAAAUAAAGCACUCCUUGCAGCAGAGAAUGAUCACCGAAGUACGUCACAGCAUGCCAACAUACUUUGUUGGGAAUCGUUUCAACCGCUCGUCAAAGACAGAAAUAUACAUUCCCUCGUGGAAAAAAGACUGUCGUGAAGGUGCGUUGGACAACAUCGAUCAUAAUGAUAUUACACAUUCCAGUUCGCUUGACAUACCUGCCACUAUACCUGUCCCCAUGCCAGAUUUAAUGACAGCUGAAUUACUCUAUAACUUUCCACAAUCCAUGAAAGAUGAACAUGAUGAUAUGUCGCCACCGCCAGCAAUUGGAAACAGCCAUCCUGUUCGAAGUGGUUCGUCAAGCACCGUACAGCACAUGUCGCAACACAAACGCAGUCAAUCGUUCAACCAUCAUUUGACUUACAAUCAAGUUCAACAGCAGAUGCAGCAACAACAACAGCAGCAUCAUCUUCAACAGCAACAACUAAAGCAACAUCAACCGAAUGUAAAUCUGUUACCUUCCCUAAGCUCGUUGAGCUCAAAUCGUCCCGAAGCAAACCAACCGGUUCUAAAUCAAAAAAAAAAUCCGGAAAAAGUUAACUGGAACAUCACUAACUUGCGACCGGCACCACCGAUGCGUCCGCUUCUUUUAAGUUCGGCAGCCAUUGGAGGUGGAGCAGUUAGUGCUGGCCGUAGUGCAACCAUCAGUCUAACUGGGAGUAUAAGUGGAGCAACUGCCAGUUGUGUGGGAGGUGGCAACAGCGGCGGAGGAAAUGUAAUUUUGAACGCUUCCGAUAGCUUAGCAAACAAUUUACCCCUCGGUACAAAUUCAAAAAUUUCUCCCACUUAUGAAGAAGAUGCGUUAGUAUUGCGCGUCAUUGAGGCAUACUGUGCAGCGUACCAAAGCUCGUCUCGCAACACGUUACAUUCAGGUGUUGAUUACGAUGAAAUGACGCCAACGUUGCGACAACUGUUCAUUAGCGUACGGCAGCUGCAGCAAGAUAUGGUGCAAAUUAAGCAACAAUUGGCCGAAGAGCGUAAUCAACGAAAUCACAUCCAGCAGGUGCUGGUGAGCCAUCUGGAAACGUACGGAGCAACGAACACAACUUGUUAAAAAGGACAAUAAUUGAUUAUUAUAUUAAUUAUAAUCAGAAUGCGUAAAGAUCAACAGUCUAGUUUCAUCAGCCAAACAAACCUGUGUCAUCAUUUCAAUUCUCGUUUUUGAGCAAAGUUUAACAUGUAAAAAUUAUAUUACAGCAAAAGAAUAAAAAUCCACAGUUUACUUCACUUGGAACCUAAGUAACUCCAAACGGCUUGAAGUAUGAAAAAUAAAUGCAUGAAAAAAAUAAACAAUGAGUUUGGGUAUCUAAUUUCACUACCCAAAAUUUGCAGUUCUUGUAGUAGGUCAAAAGGAAUAUGGUCCACAACAAUGUACGAACACGCGGUUCACCACACUGUGAUAAGAAGAUUGAACUUUUUAUUUACGACUUUAAUGAAAAAAUUGGUAUCUCCUCAGUACUAAGCGUUGGAGUUUGGUAGUUAAACCGGCACUGAAGGGUUAGAGCUAGCAGACUGAAAAUUUUCAGUUCGAUAAUCAAAAUAUUAUAUCGUCGCUGUGUCGCCCCACAAAGCCACUGCAACCACGAUUAUUAUUAUUCUGUUGCGAAACGGUUGAUUGCUUUCGAGCACCACUCUACCUGGUUUAACGAGCCGUUAAUUACUUUAUCAUUUUUUAAAGUAUAUUAUGGCGACAGGAAACGAUCA